AUAAAAGAGAGAGAGAGUGAGAGGAGAGGGAAGAAAAAGGAAGUGAUUUAAAGUGAUUGGGAUUCUCAUUCUCAUUCUCCCAAUAAUACAAAGGAAAGGAAAUUUUAGGAUUCCCAAACCUUUUCCAAUUCUUUUUCUACCCUUUUUCCUAUUCGGGAGCAGUAUGUAUAAUAAUACCAAUCCCCACUCGUAUAUAUACAUCAUCUCUCAUCAUUAUUACCGAAUCAUCAUCUCAGUAAUAUAUAGAGGCGGUGGCUUCGAGACCCCAAAAAUAUCGUAAUUAGGACCCGGGAGAGAGGGAGGGAGAGAGAAAGAGUGGCAUCUCUGGGUUUCUUCUCUGUAGGUAAUGCCGUUUUUCCUACAGGUUGUGUUAAAUCACGAAUUAAAGGGAUUAAUAUUAUCUAGGACAUGGAGCAAAUUUGCCUCUGGUCAGAAUGCUACAAGCGACGGGUUUUUCCAUUCCAGGAACUUCAUGAUUGGCGGUUUCUUAUCCGUGGAGAUUUUCUUCUUGUUUCUUUUGUCAAUUGCACUUAGUGAACAGCUUAUCUUAAAUGAUCAGUACAGGAGGCCAAAUGCGUAUUUCUUUUAAGAUAGAUGUUGGAUCCUCUUUAGUGCUCUUGUACAAUGCAUUGACGAUACAACAUCCAUUUGAGAUCUGCUGGGAAGCAAUUUCUGAGGACUCAAGUCUGCAAGUAGUAGAAGGGAGUUCAGUGUGCCUUUAAGUAUUAGGUAGCUUGUUGCACUGUAUUUGUGCAGUGUGUUGUUUUAGAAAAGGUCAGGCUUUCAACUACUGUGUGAUGAUGGCCUGUUGACAGCGGUAAGAUUUGGUUGAUUGAAGAUUUGCAUCGGACUCAGUAUCUUCGCAUUGUUGGAAACUUUGGUUGACUUACCAUGUCUUAAACCCAUAGUUGUAGUUAAUGGCGCUAGUACUUGAUGUUAUCAGUCAGUGUUGACUUGUAGCAAGAUGUUCUACAGUUUUGCGACCCCACUGCCGUUUCGUCCUUGUCUUUGUUUUGAGAAUUUUGAUUUGGUAUACUUUAUAAAUAAGGCUGUGAAGCCUGCCCAUCAUAGUGCCUUAGGUCUUCCACAUAUUGGAGUAGAGCCAAAGAAUUGGUGGUGGAUUUUGUCGAAUUAGCCAGGCUUUUGAUAGUUAUUGCUUACUGUUGUUUAGUGUGUGAAGACUUCACUAGUUUUGUUGCGUCCUCGUCUGUUUUCUAAUCAAUAGUGUCACGUCACGUGCAGUUGAAAUCGCAACAAUGGAAAGGUACACAAUCAUUAAGGAAGUUGGUAAUGGUACCUUUGGAACUGUCUGGCGAGCUCUAAGUAAGCAGUCUGGUGAAGUGGUUGCAAUAAAGAAAAUGAAGAAGAAGUAUUAUUCAUGGGAAGAAUGUAUAAAUCUGAGAGAAGUCAAGUCACUAAGGAAAAUGAACCAUCCGAACGUCGUAAAGCUCAAGGAAGUAAUCAGGGAAAAUGAUGUAUUAUACUUUGUCUUUGAGUACAUGGAAUGCAAUCUAUACCAGCUCAUGAAGGACAGAAGAAAACUUUUUUCAGAAGUUGAAGUGAGAAACUGGUGUUUCCAAGUCUUUCAGGGUCUCGCAUACAUACACCAGCGUGGAUAUUUCCAUCGUGACCUUAAGCCAGAGAACUUGCUAGUAUCAAAGGAUAUUAUAAAAGUUGCUGAUUUUGGUCUCGCUCGUGAGAUCAAUUCCCGACCUCCAUUCACUGAAUAUGUCUCAACACGCUGGUACCGGGCCCCUGAAGUUCUGCUUCAGUCACCAUUAUAUGGUCCUCCUGUUGACAUGUGGGCAAUGGGUGCAAUAAUGGCUGAAAUAUUCACACUUCGCCCUUUAUUUCCGGGCUCAAGUGAGGCAGAUGAGAUUUACAAGAUAUGCUGUGUGAUUGGCAGCCCAACCCAGAGUGAAUGGCCUGAGGGCCUUGAACUUGCCAGUGCUAUCAAUUUCCAGUUCCCUCAACAGGUAGCCGCAGUCGAUCUUUCUAUGCUGAUACCAGGUGUCAGUGAGGAUGCUAUUAGUCUUAUUGCAUCACUGUGUUCAUGGGAUCCGUCCAAGAGGCCAACAGCUGUGGAGGCCCUUCAACAUCCUUUCUUCCAGAGUUGCUUUUACAUCCCACCGUCCCUGCGUUCUAAAGCUGCUGUUGCAAGAACACCUCCUUCAGUUGGAACUAGGGGUGUUAUGGAGCAAAAAUGUGGUAGGAGAUAUCCUGCGAAUCUGUCGAACCCAAAGCCCAUAAAUAGCUUUGCUUAUGCCAAAUCUCAGGCAUCUUUGACAGGUGUGCAAAGGAAGUUGGACCUGAACAAUCAGGACGCCACUAAAAAUGGCACUAACCAGAAUUACUAUGUGAAGCAGCAAUCCAAGUAUCGGCCACCUGGGAUGAAUGGUCCAUCAGCUGGUAAUAUGGGAAAGUCCCGUGGAGUUUCUGAUGUAGCGGACAAGUUGGCAAACAUGACUGUGGGAUCAGGCAGGCCAUUUGCAAAGCCGUCAGUGCCUCCACCUAUGAAGGCUGGAGGAUGGCAUGAGCAUUCUGAUAUGUUUGUUGGACGACAAUCACAAGAACUUCUGCAAGAACUUCUUCCAGGAAGAUCUUAUACCAGGAAGGUGGCGGGCUAAGUAAACACGCUGUUGUGCACCUAGUAGGAUAAAAUAAAUGUGUCCAUUUGGGCCGACGUACUCUUCCGUCUUUUGUCUAGAAAUAUUAACUGUCUGUUUCUUUGUGACGUUUUGUUCUUCUAUGUUGGGUUUGUUUGAUUGACUGUUUUGUUGGAAUAAUGAUACUCAGCUAAUGAAAGCUUUUGGAUUAUCUGUAACCACUUACUAGCA